UGCGUAGCGUUCACUUCAUUGAGCUGUACAUUAUACAUACGUAUACUUGUUUGAGAACUUAUUUCUUAGUUUGAUGGCUAAUUCCUUUCGUGUCCGAUUAAGUUCAUUUGUAUUAUUUGGCGCCAAAUUUCCAAAGCAGACGAAUUUUAAUGUGACAGCUGACCACAAAAUCCGAAACGUAGAGGUUAAAGGCGCCAAACACUACAUGUGCGAGGAGUAGGCAAUGAUCGUCAUGUAUCGGGACGUACAGAGAAAAUUUUUUACACAUGGAAAGCAAUAUCGCAGUGAUAAAAAGUACUGGGUCCAGGAAUCAAACACAGAAGAUGUAUUUGAUGAACUAGUUGCAUUAUCAAAGCAAGACAAUAGAAGUGCACUUCAAAACACAUCUAGGGUCACAGUUUAUGACACUAUCACAUCUGGAGAAGAGGAUUUUCUUGAUAACUCAAAGUGGAUACCCAAUAGAAAUAAAAGGAGGAAAACUGCAGAAUUCUGGAAUGGACUGAGGAAGAACACUAGGAAUGAAAAGCAAGAGAAUAUAAAUAUUUCUCUAUACAAGAGGAAGUUCUUCAAGACUAAAACUUCUCAGUUGGAUGGUGAUUUCCAUUCUAAAUUUGGAUCAUAUAGCAGAGAGGCCGUCUCCCACCAGUCAUCAAGGACAUCAGAACACUCCAGUGGGCGUUUGAAACAUUACAAACCAAGAUUUCACUAUCCUAUGAUUAUAUCAGAUGCUUCUUCAGAUGAGGAUGAUACCUUAUGUGAGGAGAAAUUUGAUAAGAGAAGAAGUUAUCAUUUCACCAUAUAUGAUCCAGAAUGUGAACUGGCCAAUCAGAUGCACAGAAAAAUAUUUCGAAAUCGCAAGCAGAUACAGAACAGUUAUUCACAGAAGAAUGAUCACAUGAAGUCAAAUUCACCAAAGAAGCAGUGUGUGAAACGUCCACUUGACAACGUAAAAAAAAAUAAUUUACAAUUACGUAGGAUCACAUCCAGGCAUUCUGUAAAAUAUUCACUUCCAUUCCAGAAACAUAACUCACAGUCACAUAGGAUCACUUCUGUGAAGGAAGGAAAUCAUACUCACACAUUACAAAGUAACACGCAAGAACAAACAUUGUGUGUGAAAAAUAAAGUUCUUACUGAAAGGAUAACCCAGACUGACACACCACAAAAAGCAAAUCAAGGAAGGACCUCUUUCAUGAAAGAUAGCAGUGUCUCGCCAGAAAUGACAUAUGUUAGGAAACUAGAAAUUCAGAAUCAGAAAAGAGAGAUUGAGUACCUUAGAGCCAUUCUUGAGGAUGAUGUGUCAACUACAGAUUUAAAUUCAUUGUGUACUUAUAAAGAAAAUGAUGUUGAAGUACAAUUAUUAUUAAAUAUGAAUCAAUUGCCUACAGGAAAAGAUAAAGAGAUUGAAAGUCGAGAAGUUCUGUUACUUUUGCCAUCUAAUGAAGACCCUGUACUUCCCUUCUUUCCAACAGAAGAGAAGAGUAGUUCCGAAAUAAUUUGCGCUACAACACCUCCAGCUGUUGAUUUAACUUUGUUACGUUCAUCCCCAGAGAUAAGAAAAACAUCAACACCAGUGAGCUCACAAGAUACUGGAAUAAAUUUUUCCAUAUCUCCUAUAAUGUAUUCAAGAAGACUUGGCAAGACUUCAUCAGUAUCAGCAUAUCAAUUUGAAAUACAUAGAAAGAAUUCACAUAGUUUACCAUCACCGGCAGUAGAGAAUAUUCAAAGUGACAAGUACAAGAAACCAUUAAGAGAGAAAAAGAAAAUGAAGAAUUCUGCUGAAAUGGGGUUUCCAAAUCCUAUAGGAACCAACAAGUGCUGGAUGAAUUCCUCAUUACAAGUUGUUUUUGGAAUGAAACCAUUUAUAGAAGACCUAGUCAACGUUUUUGAAAAAUCCAAUAUUGUAGAAUCAAAAGGGAAAUAUUCAUCACUGUUGGAAACAUUUAUUGAAGUAGUAAAAGCAAGACAAACAAGAAACCAGUCACAACUUAACAAAAACUUGGAGUAUGCUCAUGCUCACUUGUAGUAGUUACUAUAUUGUUGGUUCUACAUAUGUAUUAGACAUAUUAAGUUUAAUACAUAUCGUUUUAACAAGUGAUAUGUGUGAGAGAGAGUAUGAAGGAAGGAUGUCAGUUACUUAACUGUGUGUUGACCGAGCUUAUUCUCCAAAUAUUUUAAUUAGCCAAGUUAAAAUGAAAAAUAUUUUAUGGUGGAGGGAGCAGGAAAUUGUAAAGUAUAUUUUUAUAAUGUGAUAAGAAGGCUUCAUUUGUGUUACAUUCAUUGAAAAUCUAUAGCUAAUAAGAGGGCAAA